UGGUAUAGACACCCACCCUUGGUCCUUCUGACCACCCUCCAGCUUCCCAGGGCAUUUGCACUGUUAGCACUCAGCCAAGAAUGGACUCCUCCUCACUGCUCUUGUGCUUCUGUGCUGCUGUGCUGCCACCCUGCUACGGAUUCAGUGUGGAUACAGAACGCCCAAUCAUCUUCCGGGAAACAGCAGAGGGUUUCGGGCAGACUGUCGUGCCAUUGGGAAGUGGAAGAAAUGCAAGGGUGCUGGUUGGUGCCCCUCUCCAGAAGGGGGAUGUGAAUGAAACGGGCAAACUCUAUUCAUGCCAGCAUUCGCCAGGCAAAUCAGGAAGCUGUCAAGAAGUCAAUUUGCAAAGACCCAAUGAUGCUGUAAACAUGUCUCUUGGUUUGUCUGCCUCUGUUCGUGGCUCUGAGAUGCUGGUGUGCGGUCCCACAGUGCACCAGACCUGUGGAGAAAACAUGUACAUGAAGGGCUAUUGCUUUCUUCUAGAUCAAAAUCUAAGGGAAAUUGGUCGCUUUCCUGAGUCUCUGCCAGAAUGUACAAAACGUGUUGCCGACAUAGUUAUUCUGAUAGAUGGAUCGGGGAGCAUUGCACGUAAUGACUUCAAUAAGAUGAAGACAUUUGUUUCUGAGGUCAUAAAGCGUUUCCAAAACACCGACACUCAGUUUGCCUUGGCCCAGUUUUCAAGUUCUUAUAAAGAGCACUUUGACUUCAAUGAAUACCAGAACACCCCAGAUCGCGAUACCCUUAUCAGAAGUGUGCAGCAGCUACGAGGAUAUACUUACACAGCUACAUUUAUCCAGAGAGCAGUGCAGGAAUUCUUUGUCCCACGAAAAGGAGCCCGCAAAGGAGCUUCUAAAAUUCUCAUCGUGAUAACAGAUGGAGAGAAGUAUGGAGACCCCCUGGAGUACAGCGAUGUGAUGCCAGAGGUGGAGCGAGCCGGCAUUAUCCGCUUUGCCAUUGGGGUUGGAAAAGUUUUCAGUAAUCCGGAAGCCAUCCAAGAGCUCAACACUAUUGCUUCUGAACCAAGCUCAGACCAUGUUUUCCGAGUGGACAACUUUGAUGCCCUCAAGGACAUCCAGAAUCGACUUCAGGAUAAGAUAUUUGCCAUUGAAGGUACGCAAUCCCAGAACAGCGCCUCCUUCCAGCUGGAGAUGUCCCAGGAAGGAUUUAGUGCUUUGCUAACCCCGGACGGUUCCAUGUUGGGGGCAGUGGGCGUCUAUGACUGGUCGGGAGGACUCUUCCUGUAUGGGAGCAGCGGCGAGCCAAGCUUCAUCAACGUGUCCACCUCCUCUAAGGAUAUGAACGAUGCUUAUCUUGGUUAUUCAUUACAGAUGAUUCAAAUGAAUGGACGGAGGAGCUACGUGGUGGGGGCCCCUCGUUACCAGCACAUUGGGAAGGUCUUCCUGUUCCGCCAGGAAAGCGGGCAAUGGAAGCUGAUAUCGGAGCUGAAAUUACAGAAGCCCCCACAGAUCGGCUCUUACUUUGGGGCUACACUGUGCUCUGUGGACCUUGACAGAGACUCCAACACGGACCUGGUUCUGGUUGGCGCUCCCAUGUACUACGACGGUGCGGCAGGAGGGAGGGUCUACGUUUUCCAGAGGCAGGGGGAGAUGUUUUUCUACGAUAAAGAACUUCAGGGAAAGGCCAGUAACCCUUUAGGCCGCUUCGGGGCCAGUAUAGCAGAAACAGGAGAAAUAACCUGGGAUCGGUCAACGGAUGUGGCAAUUGGGGCUCCAAUGGAGGAUGAGGGUCGAGGAGCUGUGUAUAUAUUCCGGGGGAGCAGCAGUUCCAUCAACCAAAAAUACAGCCAGCGCCUCCAAGGCUCUCGGUUUAUCAGUAAACCUCACUACUUUGGCCAGGCUAUUGGAGCUGGGAUGGAUCUAACAGCAGAUGGACUCCCAGACAUAGUCGCUGGGGCUUCAGGGCAGGUGCUACUGCUGAGGUCUCAGCCUGUACUCAAGGUGGCAUCCACAUUCACCUUCGCUCCACCUGUGAUCCCCAACUCUGCCUUUGAGUGCCAGGGCCAAGAUGUUCUUAACAAGGAAGCCAGCAAGGCAAAGGUCUGCCUCAGCGUUCGAUCGGACCCUCGAUUUACACUAGGCAACAGCAUUUCAAGCACCAUCCAGUACACCUUGAUCUUGGACUUUGGUCGCCUGAAGGUCCGAGCUGCUUUUGACACCGGUUCCUCCACCAUUACUGAAGAAAUGCAGCUGGGCGUGGAGACAAAAUGCAAGGAGUAUAGCAUAAAGUUGCCGACCUGCAUUGAAGACAGCGUCACACCCAUCACCCUCCGGUUGAAUUAUACACUGGCAGGACAUCCCAUUCCUGCAGCUGACAAUCUGAAACCCAUCCUGAGCGAAGAUGCGCCCCGUGAGUUUGAAGCAUCGUUGCCUUUUAAGAAGAAUUGUGGAGGAGAUGGAAUCUGUGACGAUGAAUUAAAAACCUCCUUCAAUUUCUCAGGCCUAGACACACUGGUGGUGGGCUGGACUACUGAGCUCAAUGCCACCGUCUUCAUUCAGAACGUCGGAGAAGAUUCCUACAGCACGACCCUGACCUUCUCCUACCCCUCAGCACUGUCUUACCGCAGGGUCACACUAUUGCAGUCCAACAGGAAGUACAUGAUCAUUCGGUGCACCUCCACUCCUGGCUCAGAGGAUGACCCUGUGAGGAACACCACCUGCAAUAUCAACCCUCCCAUCUUCCGGAGCGGGACCGAGGUGAUCUUUAUUGCCACAUUUUCCAUCUCCCAGAAUGCAGACCUGGGGAGUACGGUACAGAUCAACUCCACAGCUGGCAGUGAGCGCAAUCGCCCCAUCACCCAAGACAUGGCUCACCAAGAGAAACUGCCCGUCAAAUAUGCUGUGUAUAUUUUUGUCAACAAAAUGGAUCAGUCAACCAAGUAUGUCAAUUUUUCCACUGGCCAGGAAGAUGGAAGCCAGUUGAUAGAACAUCGGUAUGAGGUGAAGAACACAUAUUGGCGAACAAUUCCUGUCUCGGUGACUUUGCAGUAUCCAGUGCAACUGAAUGGGACACGGAUCUGGAAUGCAUCUUUGGAAUUGCCCCACAAGCUGGCUCAGUGUGUCUCUGGAAGAGAGACUCCAGGGUCCAAGGAUUUUGUGAAGCAACUAAAGGAGCACCCCACCCUGAACUGCUCUGUGGCUGCCUGUCAAACUGUCCAUUGCAAAAUUUCAUCCCUGGAGUUGCAGCAACCACUGGAGUUCACGAUCAAGGGGAACAUCAGCUUCAAGUGGCUUUCCCAGACCCAGCAGAAGAAAGUGACCCUGGUGAGCUCAGCCCACAUUUCCUACGACGAGACCAAAUUCACUCAGAAGGAGGGCCGUGUACAGAGCCAGGCGGAGACGGUGCUGGAGCACUUGGAGCCCUAUAAUGCCCUGCCCGUCAUUAUCGGCAGCAGCAUCGGGGGCCUCGUCCUUCUCGCUCUGAUUGCCGCUGGUUUAUACAAGCUUGGGUUUUUCAACCGGCAGUACAAGCAGAUGAUGGACGAGGCAUCAGCUGGGGGCAAUGAGGGGGCUGCCCCUCCCCAAGGCAGCUGCCCUGACCCCAGCCAGGAUGCUAUUAAAGGAUAACCGGCCCCACAACCCAGACUAGUUGACCCCACAACCUUCUCCAGGGCAUCCUGCACAGCACUAUCAGCCAGAUGGGACCACUAUCCUGAACCAGAAGGGAUCCAGAAUACUGCUGAAAUCUGCUUCCUCUCUUAUGUUUUCCCUGCAUUGAAAGGGUUUUGAUGUCAGGAAAUGACUUGCUUCUUGUGUGUGAGAUUGUCACGUGCGAAUUGCACACUUGCUGAGAAGUUGCACCCAAGUGAGAUUUCCCCAUGCUUCUGCAUACAUGUGGGAUUGUCACAGGUGACAACCUACACCCCAAAAGCAGAUAAAUGUAUCUACAGAAGUGAUUUCUGUGCAGAAUAAUAUGUAUGAUGUGGCUUUAAAAAGAGGGAAAUUUGGAUUCUAAUCCCUUGGGAAAGUGAGGAUCAAUCACUUUUUGAAGAAAUGUUAGCUGGGACAGGGGUGGGGGGGGGAGAGAAAAGCUCUUGCAUCAUACCCAACAUUCGAAAUUGACAGGUGUCUGUAUUUUGCAAAUUUGAAUACUGCAAGAGUGAGGAAUCUAAAGUCUGGUAUAAUAUAGUCCUACUCCUUAUGGAGACAGCCGUGUGAAAAAGCAUAUAGGCAGUGUCUGGUCUAAUCUUCUGUGCAAAGAGUUGCCACCUGAAUAGGUCUCAUGGAUAUUUAUUUCACUGCCGAUCCCACUGCUUCUUGGGUUGUAUACACAUAUACACUGUAAACUGAUUAAUCAUUAUGUGGUGCAAAGUACAAAUACUUUGAAACGUUAGGACCUUAGUAACCACACACUUAGAAAAUGUGGCAAUACGAAUGAAUUGAAAUCUGACUGGACAAACAGAUUUAUUUAUUUUUAUUUUUUAUUUUACUUUUUUGUGCCACUUGGUAACAGUGACCUGGUAAAAGGAACUUCAGUGGCUUUGCACAUCUUAAAUUGAAUGUGAGGUCACUCUACACCAGAGCUGCUUAACUUCGACCCUCCUGCAAAUGUUGGCCUACGACCCCCAUAAUCCCUGGCCUUUGGCCAAUGCAGCUAGGGAUUAUGGGAGUUGUAGUCCAAAAACAUCAGAGCAGGGGCUAAGUUAAGCAGGCCAUCUCUACACUAUAAUCUGCUGACCCUCAGCUGCCUCACGAUGUAUCUUAGCUCACUGGAAAUGUGGCAGAAGGUUGACCCUUUUUCCUCUGUUCUUCAACCCACCCUCAGUAUUUGUAUUUUCUACUACCAGUUUGUAUUACCAGGAAACUGAUUGAAAAAAAGACUUUGCAUUUUAAAUUUUUAUUGACUUUUACAAUAAAACAACACUUCUAUCUUA